AUGGUAAAAUUACCUGCCAAUGCAUAUGUAGGUAUUGUCAUUUCAAUUAACCCCUAUGUAACAGAAGAUGAAAAACUCAUUCAGAAUAUCCAGUUGGAAAGCAAAGCCUUGAAUGUCACAGGGAAGACAUGGGCCAAUGGCUCAGUGUCUGUGGACAGCACCACUGGAAAUGACACAUUGUUUGUUGUUACCUGGACAAUGCAAAAACCACUAAUUAUUCUCCAAGAUCCCAAAGGAAAAGAAUAUGAUACCUCAGAUUUCAAAGAACAUAAGCAAAAUAGUCGAACUUCCCAUCUUCGAAUACCGGGCAUUGCAGAGACAGGUACUUGGACUUAUAGACUUUUAAAUAAUCAAGCCCAACCUCAAUUUCUAUCAUUCACAAUGACCACUGGAGCAAGAAAUCCUUCCAUAAUUCCAGUAAUGGCAGCUGCUUACAGGAGUCAAAAUACAGCACAACACAUAGACCCAGAUAUUGUUCAUGCAGUUGUCAGGGAAGAGGAUAUGCUUAUAGUGGACAUUGAUAUAAUAGUCAUUAUCGAAAUGGAAGAUGGACAGCAACUCUUGCAGCAACUCUUGGACAAUGAUGCAGGUGCUGGUACUGUCAAAAAUGAUGGUAUCUACUCCAGAUAUUUUAUGGACUACAAUGGAAGUGGUAGAUACAGUUCUGUCCAGGCAAGUAUUCACACAGCUAGACGGAGUUUAAGACGACAGAACAAGUCUCUGUACAUACCUGGCCAUGUUGUAAAUGGUGCAAUUGUACUGAACCCACCCAGACCUGAAGUUAAAGAAGACUUGGCAGAAGCUCAACUGGAAAAUGUCAGCAGACCAACUUCAGGAGGGUCAUUCACUGUAUCAGGAGCUCCUCCUGCUGGUGACAAUACUCCCUUGUUACCGCUCAGUAAAAUCACAGGCUUGGAGACUGAGGUUAAAGGAGGUCUUGUUCACCUUUCAUGGACUGACCCUGGCAGUACCCUUGAUAAAGGCAAAGCUGGCAACUGCACCAUAAGAAUAAGGAAGUCUUCCCAGGAGCUCCAACAUGAUUUUGACCAUACUGUUGAUCUAACAUCUAAGGAGGCUGGCUCUGAAGAAACAUUUGGAUUUAAAGCAGAACGUUUUAAAGUAGAGAAUGGCACGAAGAUCUUCAUUAUAAUCAAAGGCAACAAUGAAUCUCAUCUCAUAUCAGAAGUCAAACGAGCAAUUAGGUUCACUGCUCCACAAGAUUCCAGCAUCCCUGCUCUGGGCAUCAAUAUUUCUGCAACCAGUUUGGCUAUUUGGGUGUCGGCUAUGAUUUUGUCUGUAAUUUAA